CCCGCCCUCCUUUCCAGCAGCCCCCACUAGAGUCUCCCACUGGCCUCCCCAGAGCCCGCCUCGCCGCUCUAGCCGGCGCCCCCUCGCUGGCGGGCCCGGCGGCGCUCUCCCGCGCCACGGAAGCCGGCCGGGGCGGCGGCGCUGGUGGCAGAUUCAGCUCGCAGCUCUGCGCCUCACCUCGGCCCGGCCGCCCGCGCCCCUCGGCCCCCGGGCCGGCCCGCGCGCCCUCCCCUUCCCUCGGAUGCGCCGGAGGCGGCUCCGCGCCCAGCUCCGAGAGUGAGCCGGGCCGCCGCCAGGGCCUGCGCUUCGCGCCGCGCCGUUUCCCGGCCCCGAGUCCCCGUUUCACGCCUCUCCGGAGCGGACGGAGUCUUGUUACCCCGUCUCACCCGAAUUCGAGCCCUUCCCCUCCGGUUCACCCCGGGGCCUCGGUUUCGGAAAGUUUGGGACUGACUCUCACUUAGGUCUACUCAAAGCCCUGGAGCCCUGGAUUGCUGGAGAGCGGCCCUUAGAGCCCCGGGUCGCCAACUCCGGUGCAAUUUUCUCUCCAAACUUGAAGAUCCCUUUCUUGUCUUGGCAAAUUUACGGCUGGCCGAGGUGCCAUGGCCCCAAAGCCGGGAAGCGAAUGGAGUACGGUCCUGUCGCAUCUGGUGCUGGGAGCCGUGUCUCUGCACGCAGCAGUGAGCUCUGUGCAGUGUACUAACGGUCACUUGAUGUGCGCUGGCUGUUUUAUCCACCUACUAGCAGAUGCCCGGCUGAAGGAGGAGCAGGCCACAUGCCCCAACUGUCGUUGUGAGAUCAGUAAGAGCCUCUGCUGCCGAAACCUGGCUGUGGAGAAAGCUGUGAGUGAGCUGCCCUCAGAGUGUGGCUUCUGCCUGCGCCAGUUUCCCCGCUCCCUCUUAGAGAGGCACCAGAAAGAGGAGUGCCAGGACAGGGUGACCCAGUGCAAGUACAAGCGCAUUGGCUGCCCAUGGCACGGCCCCUUCCAUGAGCUGACAGUGCAUGAGGCUGCAUGUGCCCACCCAACCAAGACAGGCAAUGAGCUGAUGGAAAUCCUCGAUGAGAUGGACCAGAGCCACCGCAAGGAGAUGCAGCUAUACAACAGCAUCUUCAGCCUGCUGAGCUUCGAGAAGAUCGGCUACACAGAGGUUCAGUUCCGGCCUUACCGCACAGAUGACUUCAUCACACGCCUAUACUAUGAGACGCCGAGGUUCACGGUGCUGAACCAGACAUGGGUCCUGAAGGCUCGUGUGAAUGACUCGGAGCGCAACCCCAACCUGUCGUGCAAGCGCACGCUUUCCUUCCAGCUGCUCCUCAAAAGCAAGGUUACAGCACCCUUGGAGUGUUCCUUCCUGCUGCUCAAGGGCCCCUACGACGACGUGAGGAUCAGUCCAGUCAUCUACCACUUUGUCUUCACCAAUGAGAGCAAUGAGACGGACUACGUGCCGCUGCCCAUCAUCGACUCCGUGGAGUGCAACAAGCUGCUGGCCGCCAAGAACAUCAACCUACGGCUCUUCCUAUUCCAAAUACAGAAAUAGGCUGGGCCCAGGAUGCCCAAGGAGCCGAGGGCCAUUGUUCGACACCACUGUCCCCUUCACCCCUGGCUUGGCAGCGGCUUCACACGACUAUCUGAUCAUUUUCAGCAAAGAAGGAGAACAAACAAACCAAGCACUGGGAAAGUCUGCAUGCGUGUGCAACAGGGUCCCUGCCUCCAGCUCACCCCCUCACUCCUGCCUCUCCCCUCCUGCGGGCAGCCAGAGGCUGAGCUGAUCACAGAGGAAACUACUCUGGGCUCCCCCAGGCACACAGGGACAGGUGGCAAGGAGGGUGAGAAGCCAGCCGCCUCUGCCCCGGUUCCCAUCCUCAACAAGGUGGCGCUGCCUGCUCUGGUUCCCGGGCUGGGCUCAGGGGCCCUCAUUGACUUCAGACGGCAUAUUUGAUUGCAAUUAAAAAGGCAGCCUUGUUUCCUACUUUCUGUUUUGUUGGAGGGGAAGGCGUGGCCGUGAAUGGACUGUAGGAGCUUUGGUUUAGCCUAGGAGUCUAAACCUUCCCUGUCUUGCACCUGUGUGUGCUUCCCCAGGAAAGACUCAAAGACACUGCCUGCUACUCUAGUCUGUCAGAGAUGUUGGGAGGCCUGGCCAGGGAGAGCCAGGAAGGGGCUUCCUCAGCCACUGGCUGCACCAAGGAGGCAGGACAUGGCCACCAGGGCUCAGCAAAUGUUUUCGGAAUGCAGGGUGAAAUUCUCUUUUCCCAGGAAAAAAAUUAAACUCUUCACAGGCUCUUC